UAUGCCGAGCAACAGGACUGGAAUAAACAGACACAGAAAAGACACAAACAAUACAAUCUGAAUGAAAAGCAUAUGGUGAGUAUAGACAAAUAUAUUAAAAUGUUGAACUGUUGAAGAAAUAUCUGGAUGAUUAUUUGCAUAAUUAAUUUUGAAGACAGUGCUGCUUUUUCAGUCAUUCAAAAAAGAUUCAAAGUUGAUGCAUGCACCUUUGAGAGAAUAUGACUUAUGAUAAGGUGUAUUUUUUACAGCCAACAUAAGGCAAGAUCAUUUAAUGUUACUAUCCUGUUUCUAUUUUGUAGGUAAUCUGUUACUGUAGUUAGUAGUUUCAAACCAAUCCUCUGUCAAAAUUAGAUAAAGGAGAUGGAAUUAAAGCAACAUACCACUCACACCUAAACCUUCACACUUCCUGUUUCAGGCUUAAUUCUUUUGCUAUGUGGAUAAAGCAGUUUUUCCUCCUCCUGUGCUGCUUAAUAAAGCUAUGAAUUUCAUGACUGAACAUUCAUCACACAAAUAAAGCACUACUGAUCGCCUAUUGUUAAACAUAAAAUAUGCAGGAUUUUUUUUCCUGUUGGGACAAAAUGAGUUAGGGAAAAAUAUUCUCUAAAAUAUGAUAUUCCUGUGUUCAUGUGUUUCCCUGCAAAUCCUGUAAUUAUACUUUUCAUUAAUUCACAGUCAGAGUUGUCAGACUUGAAUUGGCAGCUCGACUUGAGUUUUUGAAUGCACACGUCAUGCUCUGGCUGAGAUAUAUCCUAUGUCAUUCACUUUUAGCUAGCUAAUGUUAGCCCUCUAGCUUCUGAUCCUACAGAAGGAACAACUCUGCCAGUGGUAGGGUGCUACCAGGAUAAGAAAAAUCAGACUUCUGAUCAACAUGGUGUUUGUCUCUGACAUAAUAUUUGUCUUUAGCUCCAUCUUCACAGGAAGAAUAAGGAUUCUUCUGAGUCUUUUACCAAUUGUCAUCAUUGGCCUAGGAGCAAAACACAUUUACGACUGCCCAAAGCAGCCCAUGGUUCCUGUCUACCUGCUAGUAGGAGGAAUUGUCUGUCUGAUGAUCCAGAUCCUCCCCUUUCUUUAUUGCAGCCAAUCAAAUGGCCAACCCUUUCUGCUGUGCCAGAUUCUUAAAAUGUUGCUUCUCAUUUUUUGUCCGAUCUGGCUCUUGACAGGUAGCAUUUUUGUAUACAUGGCAUAUGAACCAAACUACGACUUUCGGCUGUCUGCUGAAUACUGUGAGAGGACCGUCUAUAAGUUUGCUUUCUGGAUUACAAAUGCUAUAUACCUUGCCAUUCUGAUAGCACUGCUCGUACUCUGCUGCAGCUGGCUCCAGAAAUUCUGUAACAAAAGAGCUCAAAAGCAGUGUCACAUAAGGACCGUUUCCUGAAAAUGCUGUAAAUGAAGAGAAAGUCAUUUGGGUAAUGCACCAGCAGGACGUUUUUACUUUUAUAAUCACAGAUGUUAUAAAAAUUACAUGUAAAUGUUUAAAUGGUCGUAUGUAUGUAUUUUAAAGUACAUUACAGAGGGAUCAGGGCAGAGGGAUAAUACAGACUAUAGUACACUACAGUUGUGCUUAAUGUAAUUAAACAAAGAGAUUUA